AUGGUUGCAGGUACGCAGGAUUGCGCAGAGUCACCACAAGUCAACACCCAAGGCCACGUUCAUACUCAUGAAGAGCCUUCAACCCCGUUCAACCCCUCUAAGGGUUUCUAUCUUGCAUUCUUGGUUCUCACUGUACUCGCCAUGAUGGUCUCUUUGGAUGGGACCUCAGUAUCCGUUGCUUUACCUAUCAUUGCCAACACCCUCGAUUGCUCUACCAUGGAGACGUUCUGGAUAUGUACAGGAUUUCUGCUGUCCUCGGCGACUAUACUACUGCCCUUGGGCGCUCUUUCGAUUGCCUUUGGCCGCGUGCCGAUACUGGUCAUCUGUGCUUGUUGUUUCCUAGUUGGGAUCAUUGUUUCGGGAUUUGCUCAAGGUGCUAGUGCCAUGCUGACCGGUAGGAUCGUACAGGGAGUAGGUGGCGGUGGGUUGAUACUCUUGAACGAUAUUGUUAUCACGGAUCUUGUUCCGCUGAGCCAAAGAGGUAACUACUUUGGUAUCAUUGGGAGUGUCUGGGCAUUGGGAUCUGUCUCCGGCCCAGUCAUAGGUGGUGCCCUGGCCUACAAAGCUUCUUGGCGGUGGAUCUUCUGGAUCAACAUACCAUUCGCAGUUACAGCGCUUGUCAUGCUGCCCUUGUUGUUGAAGUUGACUGCGACACCUGGAACGUUCAGAGAGCAGCUAAAAAGGUUCGACUAUGUCGGGAGCUUCCUUUGUGUCUCUUGUGUGGCAGCAGUGCUCAUACCUAUUACAUGGGGCGGUAUCGAGUUCUCUUGGUCUUCAUGGCAGACUCUAUUACCUCUUGUUUUGGGACUCGCAGGUCUUGCUGGAUUCUGUUCAUGGCAGAUUGGUCAUGCAAAAGAACCUAUCUUGCAUCUGGGACUUCUGAGGUCAUACAAUAUGGGUUACUCCUUGUUUGCGACGAUGAUCAAUGCUCUGAUCGUCUAUGGAGCACUGUAUUUCUUGCCCUUGUACUACGAAGCUGUGAAAGAAUACACUCCAGUCCUGGCGGGUGUAUCGCUGUUUCCCGCAACGUUUACUGUCGCACCCUUGUCAAUAAUCACCGGAUGUAUCGUCACGAAAACGCAGGACUAUCGUGUUCUGACAUUCAUCGGGUGGUUCACCACGACAUUGGGAUUGGGCCUUGUCUGCUUACUCGAUGUUGACACGAGUGUCGUUCAAUGGGUCUUCUUGUCCCUUGUGCCGGGGAUUGGACUUGGUAUACUGUAUACAUCUCUUUCGUUCGUCAACCAGGCUGCAUCCACUGACACUGACAUGGCGUACACCGUCACACUUUUCGUAUUUUUCCGGACCCUGGGGCAGUGCGUUGGAGUCGCAAUUGGAAGCGCCAUCUUCCAAAAUUGCAUGUUUGAGAAUUUGCGAGGUAGCUCGUUCACAUCAUCGGAAGCUUCGAACCUUGCUCGAGAUGCCGUGCGAUUGGUCGAGCACAUCAAGACGCUGGCAAAGGGUGAUGAAAAAGCAGUGCUUGUUGAAGCUUUUGUGAGAUCUCUCCAAGUUGUGUGGGCUGCCAUGUGCGGCAUGGCAGGACUAGCUUUGAUUGGGAGCGCUUUUCUCAAGAACAUUCCACUCAGGGCUUCACAUCACACCGACCAAGCGCUUGCUUGCGCCGACUAG